AUGGCUGGAACAGUGCUCAUUACUGGUGCCAACGGCUCCCUAGCCCUUGGAUUCGUCGAAGCGUUCCUCCAAUCAUAUCCUCAGCAUACAUUGGUGGCCACUGUGCGAGACCCGUCCCCAGUGACCGAUGCCAACACUGCCCGACUUGAGCAGCUGGUGUCCAGAUACCCCAGGGCAAAGGUGUACAUUCAGGCUCUCGACCUGGGAAAGCUGUCGAGUGUACGCUCCUUCGCAGAGAAGCUCUCUCGUGAUGUGCUCUCAGAGAAAUUCCCACGCAUCUCAGCGAUUGUCUGCAACGCGGCCACGUUAUCGCUCGAGGCAGGCCAAAAGUUCACCGCGGACAACUACGAGGCGACAUUUCAAGUCUGCCACUUGUCACAUUACCUUCUGGUCUUGAAGCUGCUCCAAUGCAUGGACACGUCAGGACGCAUUGUCAUGCUCGGCUCGGUGACACACGACUCGAACAAUGCGAACCCGUUGUCGUCGCUGGUGGCCCAGUUUCCGGACGACAUUGAGGAGCUCGUCAAGCCUCGGGCGGAUCCGCCAGGUCUCGUUCAUGAUCGCGGGUUCCAGAGGUAUGCGACGGCCAAGCUGGCAAACGUCACAUUUAUGAACCAUCUCAACAGACUGCUUCUGGAGAGCCCUUCACUGUCGCAUAUCACGGCGACUGCCAUGGACCCCGGCGGACUUCCAUCAUCGAGAGCCCAGUCAGAGCAGAAAAAGUCCACCCAGCGUCUGUUUGCGACCAUCAACUUCCUUAUGCCGGUUCUCAAGCAUUUGACAAAGUCGUUCCGCACAACCGAAGAUGCUGGACGAGACCUUGUCGCCCUGAGUGUCAGCCCAUCCUUCCAGGGAAAGAGGGGAUAUUUCGUCGGCCAGAGGCAAAUGGAUGCUGCGGCGGCUAGCAAAGAUGAAGGCGUACAGAACAAGCUCUGGGAGGCAUGCUGGAGGUGGGCUGGCCUCGUGCCAGGAGAGACAGUUCUGCAGAUGUAG